AUGUUUUCGCUCAAUCCCACUACUGCAUGGGGGACACUUUUGCCUGGCAUUGUUCUUGGCUCAGCGGUUAAUUGUAUAUUCCAGAUCAAGAGUCAUCAGACGCUUUCUCUCCUCAAGGAGACUGGAACCAUGGCCUACCAUGGACUUUCCUUGUAUGGCCUCAUUGUAUUUGUCCUUGUAUUUGGAGUGCCAGUGACUUUGGGAAUAGUCACAGUGUCGCUCAUACUGAUCAAUCUAAGCAGAAUCUGUCAUCACGAUGACGAGCACGUCAACAUAUGGCAUUUUGCCAUCAGUAACGUCCUGUGGGAAGAAACAGAUCUCCCUGCCAUCACCCCUUCUAUCAUGGAUCACCUGAUCCCCAUAUCAAGUCUCAGCAUCUUGGAUAUUGAGAAGAUUACCUACACCAGCAGAGUGCCUAUAUUCGCCGGUCGCAAGUGGGAACUCAAUAAAAAUGCAAAGAAACAGACACUGAAGCAGAAGCAGGCACAAGAUACUUCUUCUGAUUUAGAAGAGUGGGAAGACGGUGAAGGAUCCUUUGUGUCAGUGGUGCCUGAUACCAGCAACCAGACCUCGGGCUGCCAAGAAUACAACCCCCGAAAACCAGACGGAAAGCCAUCCCUGAAGUGGUCUGAAGAGCAAAAAUGGGUCAUGUGUAUGGCAUACAAGAAGGUAUACCCUCUGCACUCACCAGUGUUCCCUUUUGAGUCCCAAGAAUACAAACACCCUCAUCGACAGUGGUCACCAGAGUUUCGCAAUACUCCUAUUCCGGAUGCAACAAACACCCAGAAGCCCAAUGUAGUCCUGCUCGAUUGUAAUGUUCAACCAAAAAGCUGGGCGCAUGUCCUCACAUGCGUUGAGAUCACCGAAUCUGAUCUUGGCGCACACCGCGAUAUACUGUUGUUCAAGGGAAUGACCACCAAAGGUUAUCUCAUGAUGCAAGAACAACCUUGGCAUUGCUUCGUCAUUAUUUUCAGCCUUGCAGCAAACAAUCUCCACACCCAUUAUACAGACCGUUUGGGCCUCAUCAUCACACGCCCCAUCUCAAUUGUCGGGAAUCUGAUGCAAUGUGAUGUGGGGGACAAGGCGAUAGGCUGGAUAGAGGAUAAGAAGAAGGAAAGAUUAUUGAUCAUCUCCAUCUUGUGGAGGAGCCAGGGUCUUUUCUCUUGCGGAACUAUUUGUUAUCGUGUUCAGGAUCGGCAUGGAUGCGACUAUGCACUGAAGGAUUGUUGGGUGGAUAAGGCAAAGAAAGAUCAUGAAGAAAGAGUUCUUGAGAUAGUGUGGGGCAUUCCUAAUGUAGUUACUCUCAUGGAUGCUUGGGAUGUUGAGUAUGAGGGACAGCCUGACUCCACAUUGUGGAUCCAUAAUCUCCAUGGGACAUUCAGCCUGGGGUUUUGCUCGCACAAGGCAAUGAUGAAAAGGAAUAUCCUACAUGGAGACCUCAGCCCCAACAAUUUCAUUAUCUUUGAUGGAUGCGGCUACUACAUCGAUUUUGACCAAGCUCAAAUCAUUACGGAAAGUAACACUAGUGUUCGUUCAUGGGGUACUGGUACUGUGCCAUACAUGUCCAUCCGCCUUCUCUAUGCAGCAACUGCAAUUGACAGAGCCAAUGGCAGGGGAAGUGCGAUGAUUGAACACACUGCCAGCGAUGACCUAGAAUCUCUGUUCUACAUUUUGAUCAACUUCAUUACCACAUUUGAUGGGCCGAUGGCUGUUGAGGACAUGGGCGCUGCUGCCGCUGCAUAUAAGUCAGGGCUGGUGCUCGUUCCAUGGUGCAAGAAGGAAUUGAUGAACCUUACAACAACUUACUUUGGCGGGCUCAAGGAUCUCACUCGUUCAGACGCAGAUCUGAAGUGCAGUGGCAUUACUCAUGAGGAGAUCGAGGAAGUCCUCAAUGCAUGGAUUUCUCAUGAGGGUGCUGAUGAGUCCCUUCCUCUGGAGAAACUUCGUCCAACCUCACCAUUACUGUCCGAGUUGGCUCUGUUGUGA